UGUAAGGGUAAUGGCCGAAAGUGUAUGGUAAAUAAUGCGGUUGCGUUAUGGCUUUUCUUUGUCCUGUGAGAAUACGCCGCGGAAAGAAGAAGAAAACAUCAGGAGAUGCGGACAAGGACUUGGUUCGUACUCCCGGAAUGGGCCGCAUCACAGGAAGUGCCUCGAUCGAGACUUUGGUUCGAGUUGGAAUCGAAAAGGAGAAUGGCCUGGCUCCAGAUAGCAAGAUGGUUGUGCUUCACGACUUCACACCCUGUGUCGAUGAUGAAUUAGAAGUGAAGAGAGGACAGGUGGUAAACAUCCUGUAUCGUGAAAAUGACUGGGCGUAUGUUAUUGCUGCAGACAGCCGACAGGAGGGGUUUGUGCCUCACUCGUACUGCACGCCAUAUAAUUCUCACUUGGGUGAGCUUGCAUUAAACAAUGUGAAGAAAAAGCUUCCCCGUGAACAGCAGCAGCGGACUGGAGGUGCUGGGACUGGUGGUGCAAAUGCAUCUUCAAAUAGUGGUGGAGGUGGCACCACUGGGAGCGGAGGUGCAGUAGUAGAUAAUCCUGUAGUGGCGACCAGUGAAGGAGAAGCUGUACAGGAAAGUCGGACUGGUGCUGACAUUUCAGACUGCGAGAGUUAUGGGAACAAAAAAAAUACAGGUGCUACACAGCAGCUUAAUAUAACAAGCUCUCAAGCUUCACUGCAUAGUGUCUCUUCAUCACAACCAGAUGUGCAUCCAUUUUUUAAGGAUCCAUCUGGCAGAUAUAUUGUGCUCUAUACGUUCAUAGCACGUGAUGAAAAUGAUGUUAGUGUGGAACGUGGGGAAUUCGUGACCGUUUUAAAUCGAGAGGAUCCUGAUUGGUACUGGAUAGUCCGGAGCGAUGGACAGGAAGGUUUUGUGCCUAGUGGGUUUGUCUAUCCAGCCCACAUAGUACAAGGGCAUCUGAAUCAGAGUAAUAAUCAAAAUGUGAACAACAAUUUUGCAUCACAAAGCAAUGCACAUCUACUCGCAUCACAGUCAAAUGAUGACUUACGUUAUCAUGGGACCGAACUUGUAAUGCUUUACGACUACAAGGCUCAAGCUCCUGAUGACUUAUCAGUUCGACGUGGUGAUUGGAUAUAUGCAGACCUCAAUAAUCAGACAGUGGAUGGUUGGCUGUGGGCAUAUGCUCCAAAAACUCGCAAGUACGGUUUCAUACCGAAAGCAUAUGCUCGACCACCAGCUAUGACAAGUCUAUAGAAAGAAUGGUCUACAAAGAAGAUUUACUCCAGCUGCCAUUAAAUUUAUUUUGUGUGUGUGUGUGUGUGUGUGUGUGUGUGUGAGAGAGAGAGAGAGAGAGAGAGAGGUCUUGUUAGGAAUAUGAUGAUAUACAGUUUUCACCUCACUGCUGUCUUCUCAUAUAAUUCCACUUUUUUUAUCACAAUUUUGUGGUUAAUGUAUCUUGCCAUAAUCUUACACUUAGUAAAAUUUCCAUUGCUGUCACUGUAAAAGUGAUGAUCUAUGGAGGAAUGUUCUAAUUUUUUUUUGUCUGUGUUUUGCUGUGCAAAGUAUGAGGCUUUAAAGUAAACUCUGUACGUGAAGAAGGCAGAUGUUUGUAAUGUAGCUUAACUCCAGUAUGAAAAGUAUUGAGAUGAUGUACCAUUUGUGUGAAAUGUGCACUAUCGUUUUACAUCACUAAUUCUGACUUUACAUCAAGAUGGUUUAGUCACAAAUGUUUGUCUUUAUGCAGAUAAUGUGUGUGUGUGUGUGUGUGUGUGUGUGUGUGUGUGUGUGUGUGUGUGUGUGCGUGUGUGCGUGCACGUGUACAUGUCAGAAUUUACUUGUACUGUUCGAUCUUUGCCUUGUAGUAGUGACUACCAGAACAUGCUUAACCCUCACAGGUAUUAAGAAUUCAUUUUGUCAUAAGUUCAUACUGGGUUGGGAUUACUAAAAAAUUAACACAUAUUCAAAAUUGUUGUCCUAUUCUUUUGUUUUAUGUUCUCUCUUGUUUCAUUUGCCUUUGCUGAUUUAUUUUAUAUUUUCCUUUGGAACUUCUGUCACUGCUGUUUAACAUUUUGUCAACUGUUUUCUUGUCUGCAGUUUACGUAUGACUUGGGACCAGAAAAUAAAUGUAGCAUCUAUUUUUGGCAAUUUUUUUUUUUAAGUGAGAUGCAAACAUUUGAAAGAUUGUCACACUACAUGAGAGGAGACAAACAGAGCCUUAGUUCUUAGAAAAUGACUGUGUAAAAAAGGCCUGAUUGGGGACUUUUUGACUAGAAUGUUUGCUUUUGCAAAAUCUUCAACACCUUUUCCUGUCAAAAUGUCCUUUCGUUUUCUUUGUUUGACUUUAUUUAAGCUUUCAAAAAUGGUUGUUCUAUUGAAAAACACUAGCAUUUCCCCACUGGUGAACUGAAUGCGUCUCCAGUUUAAGAUGUUUUUGGACAUGAUUUGUCUUUUCCCACCCAAUUUGAUGAUUGCAGAAUGUGCAGCUUGUUAAUUCCAACCGUUUAUGGGCGUUCAUGGUCAUGUGACAUGCUUGACAACACUACAGACAGAACUGAGAAGGAAUUUAGUGUAUAAGUAGAACCAAACAUAGGAUGCUAUAUUUCAGUGUCGGGGGAGAAUUUCGAAGCAGUUGAAAAAUGUUACAGAUUUUUUUUUUCCCAGUUUCUAUAGCUCAGUGUGUGGGCACUAUAGGCUAUAAUGGCAGAUGGCCGUAGUGUUAACAAACUAUAAUUUUGGCUGCCACAGGAGAAGGAGUGGUGCAGGGAAACAAGCCCGCCUCCCUUUCGCAGAGCGAAGCCUACAGCAGGACUGGUAUAUUCUCGUAGGGAUCACCAAUCUUUUUUGGUGUUAUAAGGGUCAUAAUCAAAAUCAAUGAUGGACUGGCAUUAGUCACUCACUUAUUUCAAAAUUAAAAAAAAGAAACUCAUGAGCAAUGCACGACAUAAACACUUCAGGGGCAGCUACCAUGCUAUUGCUUGUUGAGGCUUCCUGAGUAUUGUUAAUGAUGUAGAUACGGCCUGACCUCUAGCAGUAUUUGAUGCAACCACAGGUCAAAACAUCCACCACCUAAUUUGCCAUGUUAAAAGUGCCCAGAUAUACCAUCUUUUCAGCUGAAGAUGUAUGCAUUUCUUUGUUAUAAAACGCUAGAUCUCGUGGCUGAGUACUACAUUGCAUUAUGCAGUGUGUAUCUGUAAUAGACAAUUCAACUACUUGCAGUUGUCAUGGCAUCAGAACAUUCAGUGCAUUGAUAUGUCGUUGCAUUUUUACACUUUUUAUCUGGCAAACAGGUUGUUACGCACAUCACCUUUAAAGUUUAACUUCACGAGAUGGUGUACAAUACCAGUAACUGAAAACUGGUUACAUUUUUGAUAUUAAUAUGCAGAAAAUAAAGCUAUUUCAAACUAUCUCUCAUGAACUAGUUCAUCUGAAUACAAUUUGCAAUAAAAUAGUGUCCAUUAGGUAAUUCAAUAAAAUAGUGUCUAUUAGGUAAUUUUGUGUUUUUAUUUUUUUGUAUUUUGAGGCAGCAUUUGUAUCUAUUUUGCAUUUAUCGCAAAAUGCAAUUUUUUCUGGUCCCUGUUUAUGUCAUUAGAAUUUCAGAUCUUGUCUGUUUCUUUUCCAUUUCUUUUCUCUUGUUUCCUGUGAGGUGUGGCAUUGUGAUUCCUGCAUUAAAAGUGAGUCCCUCUCGUAACUCUUUUUGCAAUGUUUUACACUUAUGUUUUUUUUUGUACUCCUUCCCACAUUGUAUUAUCUCUGAAAAUUAAACUUUAUCAUUAUUUUUUUAAUUUUCUGUUGUACUUUCAAACUUCUGCAGUAAAUAUGGUUAUUUUGUAGCUUCAUUGGUUUGACUUUACUUAUAACUAAACAAUACUGCUAACACAUUAUUGAUGUGGAAAGCUGUUUGACAUGCUGCAAAGAACUAAGUUUAUGUUGAAAUUCAGUGUUUGUGUUUGUUUAUUUAGUUUAGGACAUUGUCAAUUUAUACAGAAAUAACUACAAAUGUCCAUCGAUGAUAGACAAUCUCAAGAAGAAACUUCUCUUUUUAUUUAACAUUCUUUUUGUUUUUGACUAUAACAUUGUACUUAUGACAAUCUAUGGCUGCAGUAUGUUUGUAAACUCUUGAACCAAUAUUCAAUUAUAUUUAUUUUUAUUUUUAGUUUUCAUUAGCAGAGCUACAUUCACCUCUUGCAUAGUAAAAUUCACACACGAAUAUCUAAAUUUUACAUGUUAGACUGUAAAAGUUCUGCACUGACAGUACCUGUUGCAAAGUAUUUAAUUCAUUCGAAGUCAUGUAAUUUUUAUGAUUUACAUUUUUUCAAGUGAAUAUGGUGACAUCAGAGGUGACUGAGAAGUUAAGACUUUAUUAUACAAGGACAAUUUGAAAAUAAAUAUGCAUGUAAGACAUGUAAAAUGAAGCUUUACUAGUUGGCAUGACCAUUUUGUGUUCAUGUAAAAAGAGAAAGGGAAAAAUGUAGGAAGGAAAAAGACAUAUGUUGUCAUUAUUUUAAACGUAUUGUUUUCAGUCGGAGAAUAUAAUUCUCUGUAUUGGGAAAAAUGAUUUCUGUAAGGUACCAUAAAAUUUUAUGUAUGGUUACUAAAUCUGUUAAUUGUUUUUUGUAUAUACUCCCUUCAGGCUUCUAGAGAGAAGAGAGAAUUCUGUAACCUCAUAACUAAUUUAUCAUGGCAUAUAGAUUGAGAGUGACUCCUUUGCAUUGGUUGCUAUCCUGUGGAAUCCUUCACUUUGGCAAAGGUCAGUAAAAUUUGAAACUUGGCACAGUAUGUUGUUGAAGGGGAUGGAAAAGGAACAGAAUGAAAUUAUGGCAGUGAUUUUGAUUGUAUAUGAACAGAAACAUUACAGUGGCUGCAUUAAGGAUUUCAGCCUAAAUCUUUGCCUGUCUGAAGUCCAUUGUUUUCCCACUAUGCCAUCACACUGUUUUAAAAAUCAUCAGUCUAGAACAAUUAUAAAUGAGUGGAAACAUGUGUGCCAAUUCCCAUGACUUAUAAAAACAAACAAGAUAAGCUUCCCAGAACGAAGUGAAAGUGAUCAUAAUUUGCGAAGUGUUGUGCUCAUAAAUAUAUAUAUUUAAUUUAAAAUAUAUCUUAAUUUAACACCUGUUCUUCUAUUUGUACAUACGUUGAGCAUUACAUUAAGAAAUAUUUUGCCCUCAAAAACAUUCUGAAAUGUUACAGUAGCAUUUAUAACAACAGGCUGCCUCAGAAUAAGGCAUGAAAGGUAGUCUUUUUCACACUAAAAGGUGUGAAAUAAGAGGGGACAUCACAAAUAACUUAACUUGUCUGCAUUACUCAUGUUUAUCAGUAUUUCUGCUUGAAUUUAUUACAGAGAAAAAUGGACUGUAUGAGUGAAAGAAUAUGAUUGAGUACAAGAGGAAUGAGACGUUGUUCCAAGUGUGUUUGUGUGAGUGUGUGUACAUAGGGAAAUUAUUAUAAUCUGCCUAUAUUGCUCAAUAUUUGAAGCAUAUUAACUGCAAGUCAUUGUCGUGACCAGAUUUGUAAUUGUGAAGCUAAUUGUUAUAUAUGUAUAUAUUUUAAUGAAGUAAUUAUCUUUGUUGCAUUGUGGUUUGAGAAGUUUUCUAUUUGUACUUUAAUAGUUUAUGUUUAAAAAUUUUUGUGUUUCCAUUUUGUAAGUAUUUUUUAA